UAAUUAUUAAUUAAAAACUGUGCUGUUAAUUGUGUAAAGGAUAUGCCUCCAGUAAAAGAUGAGUCGAUAAGAGAAACUAAUUGUUUAGAAAUAAUAAACAUUGUUGAGAAGAGUCCUGGCAAGAGUACUCUUGUGGAUGUAAGAGCGUGCAAUAAACCUGCCGCAAAGUGUUAAAGGUACAGUGCAUCAUGUUGUGGGCAGCUGAUUUUUAUGUUAUUUGUGUAUACGAUUGUUGUAUGUAAAAUGCACAGAACUGUAUAGUUGUGGAGUGUGCCUCUAUGUAGUGCAUGUGUUGAUAUUGCACCAGUAGCGUGGAGACAUCAUGACUAAUUCACAGCUGACACUGGACGUUUUUCAGGUAUGGUUCCGUGGUGUGAGAAGCUCCAAAUUCCGCCAUGUAUACGGCGUACCUUUCAAACGGGAGCGUUGCUAUGACAACAUCAAAAUAACUAGGAAUGCGCAUGAUUCUAAUUUCUGCGCUGUCAACCCUAAGUUCGUUGCCAUAGUGACGGAGGUGGCUGGUGGAGGUGCCUUCCUUGUUCUGCCUUUGGAUCACACUGGCAGGUUGGACUUCAACGCGAGCCGUGUAACUGGCCACAAAGGCCCCGUGCUUGACAUAAAAUGGAAUCCUUUCAACGAUAACAUCAUAGCGUCGUGUUCCGACGACUGCACGGUAAAACUAUGGCACAUCCCGGACGGUGGUCUGUCUAUGCACCUGACGGACUGGCUGGUAGAGCUACAUGGCCACAAGCGACGCGUAGCCUACAUCGAGUGGCAUCCCACAGCCGAGAACAUACUGCUCAGCGCUGGCUUCGAUUACUUGAUCUUCGUAUGGGACGUCGGCAAAGGCGAGGCGGUGAAGGUGAUAGAUUGCCACACAGACGUGAUCUACUGCAUGUCGUUCAACCGCGACGGUUCAUUGCUCGCUACCACCAGCAAGGACAAGAAACUGCGCGUCAUCGAGCCCAGGAGAGGCAUUGUUUUGUCGGAAGGCCCCUGCCACUUAGGCACUAAAGCCUCGAAGUGCACGUUCCUUGGCAGUCAGGGCAAGGUACUGACGACUGGGUUCUCCCGCUACAGUGACCGUCAGUACGCCGUGUGGGACCAACAUGACCUGGACAAACCUCUCGUUUGCGAGACCAUCGAUAGCUCUUCAGGCGUCGUGUUCCCCUACUAUGAUUAUGAUACUAAUAUGGUGUACCUGGCUGGUAAAGGCGACGGCAAUAUAAGAUACUAUGAAGUGGUUGACGAAGCACCCUACGUACAUUUCCUCAAUCAAUUCCUCUCUGGAAACCCACAACGUGGACUAGGCUUCAUGCCGAAGCGUGGCGUGAAUACGGCGGCGUGCGAAGUAUUCCGUUUCUACAAGCUGCAUACUUCGCGCGGCCUCUGCGAGCCCAUCUCCAUGAUCGUGCCGCGCAAGUCCGACUGUUUCCAGGAGGACUUGUACCCAGACACUGCGGCGCCAUUGCCCGCGCUCACAGCCAAAGACUGGCUCAGCGGUAUGAACUCGCCGCCUUUGCUCAUUAGUAUGAAGACAGGAGUAACGAUCUCGACACACAAGCCUCGCACUAACAACAAGGACGCGCCGGCCAUGCAGCCUCAGGACGCUAACAACAGGAAGAAGUUUGCCUUCCUCUCGCGGGAGACCACGCCCGACUACCGCCCGCUAGGCACCUGGCAGCCCAACGACCAUAACAACGAUACCGAACAUCUAGAUGUGCAAGUGAAUGAAAAAUCUCAGAAGACGAGCGCCAACCAGAACACCAAGUUCCAUCAACUGCAGCGUAUGUUCGGCAAGCAGACUGGGGACGCGGAGCCCGUGCCGCUGUACAAGCAGAUCAACCAGGGAGACGUGUUCAGUACUGAACAUGAGUUACGCCUCGCAUUCAACCGUCAAGGCGAAGAGUUAAGGAUCGUAAAGAGGCAGCUACAGAACAGCCAGCAACGAGUUCGUGAGCUCGAGCAGUUGGUGGCCGCCCUGCAGGCGAGGCUGCAGCGCGACGGCUCGUAAGCCUGCCUCGCCUCUACAUGUCCUUGUCUUAUCGAGCGAACACGCUUCAGCUCCGCGUCAGAACAAGACGAGCAAUGAAAACAAGACCUCGCGCACUACGGAAGGUCUAAGACCACUGGUCGCAUUCUCACUUGAUAAUGUUGAUACAAUCAAGUCUUUAAGCCUUCUAUUAUAUUUUGUGCCACACUAAAUAUAAGCUACUUCUACACAGUGACCAGUGGUCCCCAUUAGCUCACGUAGCGCGAGGCACUUGGAAAUGUUCGUUACAAAUGCUUGUAAAACGUCGAUCAAGCUUUAAGCACUUGAUCUGUUCUUAGCCUUGUAUUCUAUGUUAUUUAAGGUUUAGUUGUCAUUCCCUAGUCUAAACCACGUCUUAAUGUUGUCACAAGUUAAAGUACUAGUAAGAUAGACUAUGUUUAAGGAACGCGUUGUUACGCAAGUGAUGUAAGGAUCAAAUAUUUAAGCGUGGAAAGGAAGAUUUACUUCAUAGUUGACGGUAUUGAAUACUAUGUAAGUCUGUAGUGACCUUAUUCUUACACUCAUCGAUCAGUGAUAAUUAUAAAACGCAAUGCGGGAUAGCAGCAGACUUAUAACUUAAAUGUUUGGGCUCACUACGCCCAUUUUUAUAUUAAUUUUAUUUAUAUGCAACUUUUGUAGUUAUUUUUUACAUUUUGAGUUGUUUUUUAUUAUUUUGUUCGCUCAAAUUAUGAGAUCAUGACAUCUGCAGGGCAGUUUAUAUUAUAAUGGGAUCAAAAUGAAUCAUUCCAAAAACUAUAUUUUGGCUUCAUUGGCAGCUAAGCUUAAUGUGAUUGUCGGUUAUUUGAAUUGAAUGUAGGCUUCUAAUUUUAAGGCCUAUGAAUUUUUUUAACAAACUAAAUUUGUUAAUUGCUU